AUGUUCGACAACGCAACAUCGAAACGAUAUGAUAAGAACACGAGGCCCAAUACAAUGGAAUCUUCGAUCCAGGGCCAGGCGCCAUGUGGACAGAAAACAAACGUAGGUUUAGGUAAUAAUAAUGAUACUAAUAAUAUUGUAUACUAUGACAAUGGUAUAAUACAGUACCAUAAUUCUAAACAAAAUUUCUUUAAAACACAUGAUUCAAAGACAAAUUUCUAUGAAAAUUCCAUAGACACUACAUAUCCACGUGAAAACAAUCAAAAUGUAAUUAUAUACUUAGCUGGGUAUGAUGAUGAGAUUUUUAAACUUAAAAACGAUAUUGUAAAACAUGGAGCAGGUAACGAGAUACUUGUACAUUUCUUUUUAUAUAAUGACCAAAAUUAUUACCAUUUAGGAAAUAUUUAUACUGACUUAAAAGUUUUAGAGGAUAAUGUAGCAAAAUAUACACAUUACUUUUGUUUGGAUAAAAUAUCAUUAGAAAAGGCGUGGUAUUUAGAUAAUGCAGGGUAUUUACAAAGACGUCUAACUAAUAAUAAUGAUAACAUUAUAAAAAUUGUAAAAGAAGUUGAUAAUAAUACAGAAAAACCUAUAUCUUCAUAUGAACUUGUAUUUCCAAAAAAGAAAGAGUUACCAAUAAAAGAUAUUUUUGUAAAUAUGUACAAAUUUAAAGACAGGAAAGUCAGUCAAUCUCCUGAAGUUAUAACUAACAAACAAAUCAAAACCAAAUAUUUUGACGAAGUAAAUGCAGUUGUCCAUCCAGAACUAUAUCAAGGAAACAAUAAUGCAAAAUCAAUGUACAAUUUAGGAAAGUUAGUUAAUUCAGAUAAAAAUGAUUUAUUAAAUAGUAAUCAAUUAUACAUGCAUAAAGAACAAAGCGAUGAGCUUCAAGAUAGACCUAAAAUAGGAUAUUGGCCGUCUGAUAUAACAAUGAAAGAAACUUAUUCUGGUGAUUCUCCAGAAGCACAAAGCUAUAUAUUAAGCAAUACUUCUUCAAUUUAUGCACAUGAUACAAAAGAAAUGAAAAUGGAAUAUAAUAAAUCAAAUGAUCAAUUACAAGAUUUCAACGAGUACAAUCAAUCAUUCGAAGUUAAAAAUGAAAAAACAUUUAAUAAAUUGUCAAUGAAACCUUGUUAUUUAAGUUAUGAUAACAAUAACAAAGAUGCAUAUGCAUUUAGUGGAUUGGAACCUAUCAAGGCAGACCAGAAAAAUCAGAAUGUAAAUAUUUUAAUAGAGCUACCAAAGGAUCAAAAUUAUAAGGAAUAUUAUGACUCCGAAAAUGAUGGAUUAUUAAAUAUUAAUCCAAAAAUCAAAAUAAUUGAUAAUGAAAAUAAUACCGCAAAAAGCCAAAGCACGCAAAUACCAAUGAGUAAAAGUAUGAAUAAACAAAAUAUAUAUAGCAUCGAUAAUGACCUUAAUCUUAAGUUAAUAAAUAAAACUGAAUAUAUUGACGAAAGCAAAGUAAACAUCAACAACACAACAAGUUUUUUUCCAACAAUUCAAAACUUGGACAGUAAAACCAUUAGUGGUUCGAAAAAUAUUAAAAAUCUACAAUUUGAUACAAAAGAACCUUACGCAACUGAUCAACAAAAUACUGUAAAUGGAACUUUUAAUAAACAACAAAGCAUAUGUUAUACUGAUAGUGAAACAACAGACACUAAAAAAAAUGAGGAAAAAAUAGCUUACUUUCCAUCUGCUAAUGCCUUGGAUAGUAAAGAAAUUUAUGAGCGAUUGAAAAACUCAGAAGAAGCAAAAUAUAAUAAUCAAGAAAUGCAGAUAAUUGAACAACGGCCUGAAAUUAUAUCAUAUAUUGAGCCUGAUUUACUCAAAGAUACCAACAUUAAAGAUAACCUAGAACCAAAUUAUCAGGUAAUCGUAAAUAAUAAUCACGAACCAUUACAGUAUGAAAAUAUAUACGUAACACCUAAUAUAUCAUUUUCAAGAGAACAGAUAACGAUACCAGUCAACUUAAAUAGUAAUGCAGACUAUACAAUUUUCGACACUCUAACACAAAAUAAAGUUAAUCCAUACGUAUUCAGAAACAGCGUUGCACCUUCAGAUAUUAAAUAUGAAAUGAUAUCUUCUGAGAAUGAACCAAAAUAUUUUAACAACGUUACAAGUAGUAGCAAUAAUUAUCCAUCUGUAUUAUAUUUAGAUACGUCAUAUAUUAAUCAAAACGGAAUAUUUAAUCCAAAUAUCAUUCAAUCAUCUAAUCUUCAUAGUUAUGAUUCAAAUUCAAAUUUAUUUAGCACAUACGCACGAAAUUUAGAACCUAUCAAUUAUCCUAUAACGUGGUCCGAACCGCAUUUUAACUAUUAUGAUAACAUUGCUAAAACCAAAUUGAAAACGCCUCAAGGAACAUACUUUUCUCAAUAUAUAGCACCAAAAAAUAAACUUGUGAACAUAAAAUUACCUCCAGUUACACUUACUGAAAUAUCAUAUAAGAGUAAUCCCAGUUAUGUUUCUAUUCCAAGCUAUACGCUUAACCAAAAUGCUACACCAAUUGAAUUAAAAGACAAUAAAACCUAUAGAAAUAUAUCAGAAAAGAGACCACCAAAUGCUAUUUUAGAACAAGUUUGUAACCCACAUUUAUCUUUCAAACAACAGGCGAAGGGUUAUUCCACAAGUCGUACACCAGAUAUUGUAAAAAUGACUUUAAAGAGGCCUAACGAUGGUCAAUUUGACUGGAAACUAUUGCCAGUCAAUUCAAAUUUAAAGGAUACGUCGCCUCGAGUUGCAUCUCGUGGUGAAUUCUCGACUCAGAUUUAUCCUAGUUCUUUUUAUUCACCAAAUAUCAAUUUAAAUCAAGAAAUGAUGUCAGGUAAAUUAAGUGAAUAUCACGCAUACAUCGACGACGUAAAUCAAUCUAACCAAGCAACGGUCUCUAAUAAACCUAAUGUUCAAUCAAUUGAUCAUUGGCUAUUACCUAAUUAUAUUAGUAACUAUGAUUAUGUUUCCAAUGUUGGGACAUAUAACAAAAAUGGAAAUGAAUUACCAGACGAAAAUAUAGUAUUAAUAGCAACAGAAGACACUAAACUUCCGAAAUUUAACUAUCCCCAAGUUGCCAGCAUAAUCCCAGAAAAAGUUUUGCCAAAACAUAACAUUUCACCAAAAAUAGUACAAUCAAUGUCAUCAGUAUUGUUAGAUAAAAGAAAGACAUCUACUUCACCACAGCCAGAUUCAUUUGAUACGUUUUCGUUAACAGAAUCGGAAAAAUCUUUUGAACUGUAUCCCGAAUCAAGCAUUCCUAUUUCUGAUGGUGAUAUUAUUCUAAAUAAUAAAGGAGAUUCUGAUGUUAAAAAAAGUAAUGUUAUACCACACUUGAAUCGAUAUAAAGAAUUAAAACAAUAUAUUCCAUCAAAAGUAAAAUAUGAGUCUAUAAAACCAGACAUGUUAAAAGAAUCUGUUCCAUACCAUCUAUAUAAUUCUUAUCCCUCUUCCUCAAAUGUAGAUUCUUCAAAACUGUAUGAACCAAAUGUCCCAUAUUUUUCUGAAUGGUUCGAACCUUGUAUAAAAAAUGUCAAGCAACAGGACAUAAUAAAUAUUCAACCAAUUUCUAACUAUUCAGAACCUUACAAUGUAAAUUCUUCUGACCCAAAUAUUUUAACUUCAGAAACAUACGAUUCUAGUAAUGGUAUACCAAGUGUUAAUAAAUAUAUUAAAUUAAAUUCUAAAAUAGAAAAUUACGAACCGUUACAAACAACAUAUGAACCUAGUUUAAUAUCAAAAGAAUUUAAAUCAAUACGUGAACCAAAUAAAUCACUAAAAACUAAUCAACCAGGAUCAUUUUUUACUAUGUUGCCAACGUCAAAAGUGGAUUUUUCAAUACAAUCACAACCUAAUAAUUUUCCAAUUUCUUCUAAAUCAAAUAUUCCUUACACUUUUGAACGAUUAAAACCUCUUGCUAAUAAAGCUACACAAAAUAUCUUUUCUCAAAGCCCAGUAGCUCACAUUAGUGAAUUUCCCGUAAUAAAUGUUUCCUCUCCUUUAAAAACAUAUCAAUCUACCGUUAAUAAUAAUAAUAAACCUUAUGAUUCGAAUAUAAUUAACGUUAUACCAAGUGAAAAUCAAAAUUGGAAAUUAAAUUUUAACUUAAGAAAUUAUAACCCUGUGAAAAUAGAGUACGCAUCUGGUUUACCCGCCUUUUCGCUUAAAAAAGAUAAAUUAACGCCAAUUAGUAAAUCAAAUAUUCCUAUGUCUCUAGAAAUAAAUGAAUUAAAAGUUUCUGAGGGAGACUUUAAUACUAACAAUAAUGUUAUACCAACUACAAAUAAAAAUGUAGAGCUAAAUUUUGCAUUUGCACAAAAUGAAAAACCUGAAGAAACAGUCUAUCAACCUUGUCAGUUGUCAGGAAAAUAUAAAAUGCCAAAAUUAAGACAAGAAAAUUUCAAACAUUCAGAGUCCCUUUAUACUGCGCCUUAUUCGUCUAAUACUGACUUACGUACUGAAAUAGAGCUAUCAGUGCCUCUUAGUGAUAAUAAACAAAAUAAUUUAAUGACUAUACAAUAUCCCGUUGCCCAUUCAAUACCUCACUUAGAACCAAACCUGAUAGAAAAUAUAAAAUUAUUUCCUGACACAAUACCUGUUUUCUAUGAUAAUAAAACGCCAGUACCUUUAGCAACGGCGUCUCCAAUGCCUUGUCAAAAUAGAGUGCAUCUAGAUAACUAUCAAUAUACACCAAUACUUUUAUCAUCUAGAAUCGAAACAAAAAACCCUGCAUCAUUUAAAAACGACUAUAUAUCAACAGUUUCAGCACCUUUAAACACUAUUUCAUUACCUUCUCCAUUAGUAUCUUUUUAUACACCUGCUUCUUCUAAUUUUACUUCAGAAGCCCCUAUUUCUCAAAGACAAAGUCACGUUAUAAAAACAUCAAAUACUGGCAACACAACAACUUACAUAGAUACUUUGCACAGUACUCUACCAACAUAUAAAGUAUUUGAUACUAACAAUUUACCUUCAGUUUCUUCAAACUUUGUAUCACCAAGUCCUGUUCCAUUAAAAAUGGCUACUGAUACAUUUGCAAAUCCUUUACAAAAUACAUCACUACCUUCUAAAACCUAUACGUAUAAUGAGCUAAAAGAUACUUUUGACAAAUAUAAUAAAAUUUCAUAUUUGAUUAGGCAACCACGUGUAAACAAUCAAUAUAAAAAUCUUGAUAAUAUACUUAAUACAGUAGAUGAAUUUAAUGAAAUUCCUAUGAUAUCUCAAAAAGACUAUACUUUAACAUCUCCUGUUUCUCCCAGUACUGCUUCUUUAGCUCCUAUUCCGUCAGAUUUUAUGUUAUUCACUUAUAUUCCUCCAAGCUCACCAAAUACUAUUUCUCUAACAAGGAACAAGCCAAUAGAAAGUAUGAACAUACCAUGCUCUGAUAUUUACGUAAACCCUGCUGAAAGUACUUUAUCAACAUUUUAUCAAAGCAAUUUACCAUCCUUUAAGAUUUUCAAUAAGCCAAAGGAUUUUGGUAAAAGUCAUGAAAUUUCAUCUAUAACAAAUGUGCCACGAGUAAACGAGCAACAAAAUAAAUAUGAUAAUAUAAUUAACGUAGUAGGAAAACUAAACGAAUUUCUUUCAUCGUUUCAAAAAAAUCUUUCGUUAACAACUCCUGUUUCUUUCAACACUAUUUCAUCAGUCCCUGUUCCUACAGAUUUUUCUUCAUCAUCUUUAGUUUCUCCAAACAUUAUUUUACAAAGUCCUGUCUUACAAAAGACAUACCAACAAAAUGAAGUGUUUAAAAUACCAAUAGCUAAUGCUAAUGGUGAACUAUCACAAAGUACUCCACUAGUACAAAACGUGUUUGAUAUAUUUAACAAGCCAAAGAAUACUAUUAUGAAAUAUAAUAAAUCUCCAUGUCUAACUAGUGGACAAACAAAUCACUUAGAGAAAAAUAACGACAAUAUAAUUAAUGUAGUAGAAUCACAAAGUGGUGACACCCCUAUACCUAUUAAAACCGAUUUAAUAUCAUCAAGUCCUGCUUUAAACAUUGCUCCAUUAAUUCCAACUCCAUCAGUUACGAUUUCAGCACAUCCCAAUUCAAACUUCCUUUCCUUUUCUUCUUCUUCAAACACUGUUUUAUUAGCUCCUGAUCCUACAGAUUCUAUUUCAUCAACAGUCACUUCUUUAAAUACUAUUUUACCAACUUCUGCUACUUAUAAACUGAAAAAACCAAUUGCUUUUUCUAAAACGCCAAUAACUGCUACUUAUUUAAAAGACGUGCAAAGUUUUCCAACAACAUCAAAACAUCUUGACACACCUAUUCAUAAUGUAGUUACGUAUAAAUCAAUAGAAUAUGUUCCAAAAUUCGUACCCUAUGCAGAAACACCUGAAAUAACACCAAACCUAAACGUAUUGAGACCGACACAUCUUCCCAAAAACUAUAUUCCUAAAUCAUAUAUAGAAAUUAAACCACAAACUAAACACAAACCAAAGUAUUCAUAUAUAAAACCACCUAAAAUAAAAGAAUAUGUAUCCAUAUCAGAAAUUCCUAAGUAUAAUUUACCUCAUCAAUUACUAGAAUCAAUUCCUAAUACACAAUUUAUAUCCUAUCCAACUAAACCUCCCACUGCUUUCGCAAGCUCACAAAUACAGAAGUGGCCACAAGAUAUGAUAUAUUUAACCUCUCCUGAAACAAAGCAAUCGUCUCAUUCAAAAGAAUGGAAUUAUUCACCUAUUAAUAAAAUUGUAAAAUUAAAUAAUAUUCAAGCGCCGACUUACCAAUUUCCUAUCCAAAUACCAAGUUCUAGUAAAAAUAGCUUAUUUUAUAAACCUAUACAUCUUAAUUUUGAGUCGAAACCAUCAGUACAAAAAUUUAAUUUGAAGCCCACAUCAUCUUAUCAGGGCCCUCUGAGGAAUAUAAUAGAAUACAUAACGGAACCACAGUCCCUAUCACCAUCAACAUUAUCGGUAAUGUCAGAAAUGUUUCCACAAAGUAAUAUAAUUGUCUCCAAAAUUCAACCACAAUCUGUCUCACUUUCAAAUUAUCAGUUUUAUUCUCCAGCAAAAAAAUUCGAACAUUCUUAUCUAAAACCUCAUAUGAAAUAUACAUUACCAUGUCAAAUCCCAGUCACUAAUGACCGAAAUACAAUAAUUUCAACGGAAAAACCUCAAUUGAUGCCUUCAUCAUCAAAACUACAACCAAAACCUGCAAUGGAACCCAAACCAAGUAUAAAGUGGCUACCAGAUUUAAUUAAAAAUAAACAAUCAGUUCCAAAUCAAUAUCAUAUAUUUAUUUAUCCGAAAACACCCAAUAGAAUUUCAAGCGUUCCACCAAAAAGUGCAUUUCAAUCAACAGCUUCUAUAAGUCCUGUACAGCCUAGUUUAAACGAACAAAACAGUUAUACUUAUUUGCAAUCACCAUUAAGUACGGUGUCUAUGAGUGUUAAUCCGGUAAAAGAAACUUGUACUUAUAAUGUACCAAGCACUGCAAAAAUCCUUUCAUCUCCUUACCAGAUACCUUAUACAUCGACUUAUUCAAAAGCUCCUUCUUUACCACAAUCUGCCGAUAUAAUUCAAGAUAUUCAACUAUCUUCGCUACCUCACAACGGGGAAAUUCAUAGAAAGGGAAAUGUUAAUUCUAUUCCUUUACAACCGAGCUUUAUGACGUCUAAUUCUUAUCAAUUGCCAAAUAUAACAUCUCUAAAAACUUCUAAAUCAGAUACUUCUAGUGUUGCUCUUAAGACUUUAAUGGAAGAAGUCGUACAAGACGACAUAAUCAAAGAGCAACUAACAUCACAUACAAUUACUAAGAGUAAUAAAUGGUAUUUACCUUAUACUUUACCAAAAAUAGAGCUCAUGGAAUCUAGUCCCUCUAAUCCAAAUUCGUCAUAUCAUGUUACGUGGCCACAAGCUUAUCAAAAGGUUAAGCCACAGGUUGCUGGUACUUCUCUAAAUUAUCAACCACCGUUAACAUUAUAUGAUUGGACUACCUUAAAUAAAAAUAGUAUAGGUCCAAAACCUUUAAGACCCAAUAAAAAUUCUGUUUCAUAUUUAAACUAUUUAACACCUACGAAUACUUCGACAUCACAGUCCACUCUCAGACCUUAUAAUUUAAGUUACGCUACCUACCCAUUAGCAGAUCAAUCUCUUAAAAUGUCAAAUGGCAUGUAUUUAUCAAAUAAGAAACUGCCAUUACCAAUAUGGUCCCCUAUUGCUUUUAAACCAGAUAUAUCUAAUAUUUCAUCUCCAGCCAAGUCUCCAUUUUAUUACCAGACAAGCACUGUAAAAGCCCCUCUCUCUAUUCCCACUACUCCUUUACCAUGUCAAUCUGUCGGGACAAAAGCCAAUUCUUAUUAUUUCCCAUAUGUAGAUAGUAAAAUUCAAAGUGAUCAAAUAUUGAAAAUGAAACCAAAAACAAAAUCUUUUUAUUCAUAUUUAACUUAUUUAUCGCCUACAAAUUUACGUGAUUCUAAAAAACCAUGCCCUACGAGCUAUACUUUCCCAAACGCACACAAAACACAAACUGUUCAAACACAGAAUGAAAUACUAGAAACAAAUAAAGAAAUAAAAAAUAGCACUCCAUACGUUUUCUUAGAUUUAAAACCUAAAAAAGUAUAUCAAGUCCCCUAUAACUUACCAAUUUCUAAUAAAAUUGACUAUUUUGAUGAUAAAAAAAGUAGAACAGAAAUAGUAGAUAACAUAGGAAUUGAUAAUUACUACAAUUUCACUAAUUAUCUGCAAAAUGAGCAAAAUGUAUAUAAAGGAAGUCCUGAUUUAAAAAAUCAAAUAAUUCAAAGCUAUGCACCGAUUAAUCCAAAUAUAUCUGCAAUGCCUUAUAUUACAUACACACAAAAACAGACUCCUGAAGACCAAUUUAUAGCGGAUAAAAGUGAAAAUCUCGCUAAAGUUGCGGAUAACUAUUACGCCCAAACCCCAUUAAUUUCAGAAGUUCCUUGUAGUACAUAUACACUUCCUAAAGUUGGAGAAGAUAUAAGUAAUGGUAAAUAUAAUUAUUUCAAUUCUAUAAAUUAUCCUCAAAAUGAGCAACCAAAUAUACAUCAAGAAACUCCUAACUAUAAACUAUUCUAUUCUAAACUACAUCCAAAAGCUUAUCCUAUGGGUGAUAAUUAUGCAAAGAUUCAGCCAACUAUAUCAACAAACCCAUAUAUAACAUACACAGAUCCAACUAAACCCAUAAAUGAUAAAACUAAUUAUAAAGGCCAAAUUAUAAUAGGGAAAGAUAGAAAUCUCGAACCAGCAGACGCAAAAAUUUUGGGCAGCCCUCGUAAACUAAAUUACAACAUUCGUCCUGUAAACCAAAUUACAUCUCCAUUACCAAACAUAGGUGUUAUUAAGUACGAACCUUACGAAAUAAACAAUGAGAUGAAAAUUCAAACGGAUAAUCCAGAUAUAGGAAUAAGAGCAUGGAAAUCGAAACUGAAAAUUGUAAAAUUUAGAAUUGUUGCUGACGCUUACGAAACAGAAGCCUACAAUUUCGAGCCAAUCAUUAAAAGAAAAUAUAUUAAGAAAUAUGAUCUACAAACUGUACAAGAUACAGUAAAAAGUUACGUUCAAAAAUUUUAUGGAGAACCAAUUGUAUUGAAAGGGGUUUAUAGUUUUUAUAAGCCAUAUGCCAUUUAUAAUAUAAAUGAGAAAUAUAUAAAUGAAGUGCGCAAGUUUGCUGUAGCCAUAGACGUAAGAGAUUCUUUAGGUCUAUGGUUGUUCAGCUACAGCUUCGAUUACAGCUUCGAUUCAGCUACAGAUUCGAACUACGAUUGCAUGUCGUCGUGUGAGUUCACG